CUGGACCUGAGUUGCUCGGCUACGUGGACCAGCCGGUACUGAGGCCGCCCUGCCUGUUCGUGGAGGGCGGAAAUUAUGGACUCAUCGGAUGUGCCAGAAUUCACUCCAAAUCACAGGGUACCUCCAAGACUUAGGGAUUAUUUUACAGAUGCCAGCCCUUUCCACAGACAUCUAGAAUCAGUCAGAAAGCAUACUUCAUUUGGUCAGACACCGUUUCGGAGGAAAAUUCCUGAGUGUUCACCAUUGCAAGAAAACGUUGACCCACAAAGGAUUGCAUUUCUUCUGCAUAAACAGUGGACCUUAUAUACGCUGACUCCCAUGUAUAAGUUCUCCUACACUAAUCUUAACGAGUACUCUUGUCUUCUGAAGUCUUUCAUUGCUGCUGAAAAGCAAAAAGGACUGGCUGUGGAAGUGGGAGAAGAUUUCAAUUUCAAAGUGAUUUUCUCCACUCUCUCAGGAAUGAAAGGAACACAACGAGAUCCUGCAGCAUUUCUUGUACAGAUUAUAUCCAAAUCCCAAAAGUCAUCAAAGAAUGCAGAAGAAAAAGUGGUGUGGACAGGUUGGUUUUGCUGUGUUUAUGGAGAUAGUCUUCUGGAGAAUGUGCCAGAUGAUUUUACCUGCCUACCUUUGUUCCUUGCCAAUGGGGCAGAGUCUAAUACGGCUUUAAUUGGAACUUGGUUUCAGCAAACCUUUGACUGUCGUUUUACUCGAUUAACAAUUAGUGCAUUCAAUCUUUCCUGGAUGGCUGCUAUGUGGACUGCAUGUAAUCUGGAACAUUAUGUGGCUGCUACAGAAUUGCUUUGGUCUGUACCCUGUAGCCCUCAGAGUUUGGACAUUUCUUAUGCAAUACAUCCUGAAGAUGCAAAAGCUUUGUGGGACAGUGUCCACCAGUCACCUGAGGAGAUAACGCAGGAGGAAGUUGACCUAUUCAUAGACUGCCUUUGUUCACAUUUUCACAGACAUUUCAAAAUCAAUUUGGCAGCUACAAGAUUGGUCUGUGUGUCAACAUCUGUAGCUUCUGCACAUACUGAUGGGAAAAUAAAGAUUCUUUGUAGCAAAUAUCUGAUUGGAGUAUUGGCAUUUCUGACAGAACUGGCAAUUUUUCAAAUUGAGUGA